AUGGCAGAUCAGCGACAAGAUAGCCAGUUACUACUACAACCGCCCGAACCACUUAGCCACGAGAAAUCUAGGCCACCAGGUGUGGGUAUCUCAGACUAUACCUCUCUGAACUCCUUAGAGAGCGUCGAGUCGUCUCUCGUGCAGCCGUCAAGCAUCACCAAAGCUCCGAGUAUGCAAUCUUUCAUGAGUAGUGACACGUCUUCACCUCGACGAUCCGAAUAUUUCCUCAAAUCCGAUGCAUUUUCUGCCGCCACCAAGUUAGAAGUCAAACGACUAGCUGGAGAAAAUUGCUGGGCGUGUGGGAGAGGACUCGCAGCUGGAAAUGCGGUCCCUCUAUGCCCUCUAUGCCAUGAUCAGUUUGACUUGGCUACCGACCCAGGCUUCCUCUUUAUACCUACAGAUCUUCAAUACUUCAUCCAAUUCGAGCUCAAGGACAGGGAGCGCAGAAGAGCAGAUAUGGAGCAAGGGGUCAUCUCGAAACGAGAAAUUCCAACUAGGGACAUGUACAGGGCUCAUCAAGUGAAACAAGGAAUAAUUUCGGCUGACUCUGUAGGAGGGCUGUACCUCCCAAUUUUUCUGAAGCAUUAUUUCCAUUGUAAUCGACUCCCAUUUGAUGUUUUGCCGUAUUUCUCCCGACCGAGACAGUGGCAUGGAGCUCCCUUGGCCACUUUCCGUACGGCUUUUCUGGUCCUUGGAAGUGCACGUCUAAACGUUCUAAGCCGUCAAACGCGCCUGGAAUUACAGCAGCUGCGCGACUUGUACUUCCUCACCGAGGAGGAAGGUUCGCCAAGCAUGGUUCCUGGUUCUAUACCGACACCAAGACCUCAAGCUGACGACCAAGAAAGGAAGCGAUCACCCGAUGACGAUACGCGAGAUGACACAGGCUCAAUAAAACCAAAGCCUACAGCAAGAGGAGAUGCAGCACCUGAAAAGGGCGACAGGAGUGGGGAGGCAGGCACACAUCGACAAUGUCCUGCCACAAUCAGAGAUUCUUCCCUCGACUGGGCCUUGGGGCCAGACAUUCCUACAGAAGAAGCUGUACGCCGAUACGCACCAGUGUUAGCUCGCUCAAGUCUAUCAUCUACCUUGGAGGGUGCUAAUAUUACCUAA